GAUAUGUAAUGGACAAUACUUACCCUAUCUUUUUGUCCUGUCUUCAACUGAGUCAGAGAUCUCGCAGCCAGAUGGAGUUGAAAUCACUAAAUCGUGGUUAUAGAGGAGCCAUCAUUCCCGAGCAUAUCACCAGUCAACUACGAUAUAACAGCAUUGGUAGAAAAAGUAAAGACCGUCUCAAUGACCAACUUGUACCAAAGCCAACUGAUAUAAACAUAGUGGAGAAAAUGACAAAGAUUCCAACUCUGAAGGAGCAUCCUUAUUCAUCCCACAUCUCUCAGUUUGCAAUGUUUCCAUCCUUCCGCUCUCCAGAUGACCCUGAUACAGGAGUCAGAGCUGCCUCGCAAUCUUUCCUCAACCUUCAUAUUCCAAAUAGUGCAUCAAAUGUCACUCUGCUGAGUAAAACUAUUGGUGGACCAUACAGACAUGAGAUUUUGGAGACACCCAUGAAAACCAGGAAGAAGGCUGUUAUGUGGCCAGGAGAGCACGGCUUUUUGAAGCAUACAAACCCACUGAAGGGAGAGAGCCAAGUUUUCUACCCAACUCCUCCAAAGAUGGUGCUGCCCAAUCCUAAACUUCGUGAGUGGGAUUUGUCAUUACCUGAGCAAACAAGCAACAUGCUGAUAAAUCUGGAGAGGACACACUGGCUCACCUCCUACCAAAUGAACUACACAGGAUCUGGUCCAGCAAAUCCUCUGCAGAUAGAUGACUUCAAGGAAAAAAUGAGUGACCUUGCUGGGAUCAAUUUACACACGACACCACUGAGGGAAAGGUCCUAUCCAGUGUUUAUUCCUUCUAAACCGAAACAAGAAUGUAGAAGAAGACAGUGGAGCCUUGCGCGGAGGACCAUCUGCAGUCCCACUGCUGCUGAACUCCUAAAUCCAUCUCUAGCUCCAAACGAAGACACUGCAUCAGCUACUAUAUGCCAACAGAGGCCACAGAAGAUCACAGCUAAGCAUAAUGAGGCGCCAGACUUGAAUCCAAAAAGCCAAUCAGAAGCAGAGAGUGCAGCACUUUCCCAGGAGGUCUUACAAAAACAACAAACUGAGCACAGUAGGUCUUUGACUGAGGGCAGGGAGAAAGAAAACUGCAAAGUCCAGUUUAAUGAAAGUCCCUUGCAAGUAUUCAUGAAAACACACGGCAGCCAAGAGGCUAAUGCUGCUCUGAUCAGAGACACAAAGCAGCUCCUGUAUCCUAACAAAAGGCCGUUGUCUCAGGGAGCCACAGAUGUCAACAGAGAGGAAAGCUUGAUUAAGCAAAGCAAAGAACAGCAUUUUAAAGCUAGCCCCACUCAGUCAGCUGUAGCCAAAGACCAGGCAGGUCCUGACUCACCCACUGGGUUAUUGUCAAGGGCAGCUUCAAAGCUGGAGAAACAGGCAGAGGGCAAAGGGAUGACACCCAGUACCUCUAACUCCUACAUCCUAUCAAGGCCUCCUGUCCUAGCUGGUAUUCACCCAGUGGACAGAGCUGGGACUGUGGCUACAGAAGGUGCAGCUCUCAGCCUCCUGGAUCUUCAAAAUGCAUUCAACAAGUCGGAGGCCCAUCGCAAGUUCAACAGCAACAUCACACGUGCUGCUGUGAAUCUGAGGGACAAUGUAGUCACAGGGAAACGACACAACUUCCAUGGGAUCAACUGCUAUUACCUCCACGGAUAACCUUCUUGAUAUCAACUUUAACAUCUACAGAAGCAAAUAGCAGCAAUGAUCAUUUAAAUAUCAGCAGCACCUGUAUCUAAUUGUUAAAGUGAAUGACUACUGAAAGCUUAAUGUCAGAUCUUAUGACUGUGUUUCAUCAUUUUUUUUCAAAUUUAACUUUCAGAUGUAACUUCCCAGACUGUCUAACGGAGUGCACGCUCAAUAUUUUGUAAGUAUAAUAAAG